GCAAAUAUAUGCUCGACAUUGAUAAACAAAGGACAUUUACUGAAGCCAGGUGAAAUCCGCCGGGUCAGUUGCUGCAUGCGAGUCCCACACAGGAGAAGCCCAAACUUGACAGCGCAGGGUAAAACCCGGGACAGCGAAUGAAGAAACACCUUUUGCUUCACUUCACAUAUAGAGGACUAGUGAGAAAAGGGAAAAAGAGUAAAAGAAGAAAAUGGCCAAUUUUAAUUUGCGUAAAGCGGAGCCCAAAGACGUGCCUGACAUAUUGCGACUCAUAAAGGAACUCGCGAAGUAUGAAGAAAUGGAAGACCAAGUUCUUAUAACUGAGAAAGAUCUGCUCGAGGACGGUUUCGGAGAGCACCCGUUUUACCACUGUGUGGUCGCAGACGUGUCAGCCGAGCAUCAGAAAGUCGAAGGUUAUUCUGUGAUUGGAUUUGCAAUGUAUUACUUCACCUAUGACCCGUGGAUUGGCAAGUUACUGUACCUUGAAGACUUUUACGUCAUGAAAGAGUACAGAGGUGAGGGUUGUGUUCAAAUACAUCCCUUACAAUACUGUAGCAAUUUCCUGAAGUCUCUAAUAUCAUGCUUCACAGGUUUUGGAAUUGGAUCUGAAAUCCUGAAACACCUUAGUGAUACGGCAGUGAAGAAUCGUUGCAGCAGCAUGCAUUUCAUCGUGGCUGAAUCCAACAAGACGUCCAUCGACUUUUACAAGCGUCGCGGGGCUUCAGACCUCUCGCUGCAGGAGGGUUGGCGACUUUUCAGGAUCGAUAAAGAGAAUCUUCUGAAAAUGUCUGCUGAAGAGUGAGCUGGCCGACGGUCCAGUGUUCAGGGAGAACUAAAGACAGCUCACAAUUUCUCAGUUUGUAGAUCUUUAAUUCAAUAUUUUAGAUACUCUGUGUUAUUGAUUAUAUUAACAAACAGUAAUGUACUCUAGAAGAAGUUACUGUAGUACUUGUGUCAUAUUCUGUAGUGUAUAUGUAAGAUUAGCUUAUCAAUCAGCUUUUUUGUAUCCAAUUUAAUGUAUUAAAAAUCUAAACAAAUAAAUAUUAAGAAUUAUAUUUAA